ACUGUUUCGAUCUUUCAGUGAAACUUGGAUGCCGAUGCCAGGGAAAUCGUAUCAUCAUGCUCUCACAAUCCCAACCAGCAACAAAACAAAAAGCAAAAAAGCUACAAAUCAACUCCUUUGAAACUCUCCUUCUGUCUUCGAAUACCUCCUAAGCUUUCCACUUUCGUCCACCAUGCAAGAGCAAGCCAUCAGUACGCAGAGCACCGAAAGCGCACCCGCUCCUGUCUCCAAAGCUGGAGGAGUCAUUCAGCAACUCAUGGACUUCAAGAAUGGUCUCACUAUGAGAGGAGGAGAUUGGGGCAGUCUCACACAGAUCUUCUUUGACAAUCUCUCUACCCUCCUGGGAGCUUUGUUCGCCAUUCAAGACAUGCGCAAUUUUGGUGCUCCAAUGGAUUCUAUCAAUGACAUCAUCUGGGCUAGAAUCGUACCCGGAGUAGGAUUGACUAUGGUCCUUGGGAAUGCCUACUACUCCUGGCAGGCCAUUCGAUUGACGAAAGCCUGGGGGCGCCCAUAUACUGCCCAACCCUAUGGACUCAACACACCUGCAGCCUUUGCCUUUGUCUUCAACAUCAUGUACCCUGUCUACUUUGCCAAUGUUGGAGAGAAGGGUCCUGCUGAAGCCUUUGAUAUGGCAUACAAGGUGGCACUCGCUGCCAAUUUUAUCACCGGACUCAUCUCUACUGUAUUGGCAUUUUUUGGACCCUUUAUCCUCAAAGUUGUACCACCUGCAGCACUAUUGGUUCCAAUUGCUGGCAUUGGAGUUGCAUUUUUGGGUCUUGAACAAGUCACCAACAGUUUGGCCGCACCUAUUGUCGGAUACAAUUGCAUCUUGUGGGUAUUCCUGGGAUGGUAUGCUGGAGUCCGCCUUGGCUUUGGUUCCUUUCGCAUGCCUGAAGCGCUCCAGGUAAUUUUGGUUGGCGUCGCUCUAGGAUGGGCCACCGGAAUCAAUGAAGGACAAGCAGUGCAGGAUGCUGCUGACUUGGUCAAAUGGUAUGGACCUCAUUGGUCAGCCAAUGAUCUUUUUGCUGAUUUUGGAAUGGUCAAGGAUUACAUGGGCAUUGUCAUCCCCAUUGGAAUCUCUGCCACAGCAACCUCUUUGAUGUGUUUGGUCAGUGCUAAACAGGCUGGAGAUCCAUACCCUGUGAGGGAAAGUAUGAUUGUUGAUGGAAUCGGAACAAUGCUUGCCAGCUUCUUUGGAAGUCCUUUUGGAACUACACUGUACAUUGGCCACCCUGCUCACAAGAAGAGUGGUGCUCAAACUGGAUACAGUCUGACCAAUGGAAUAAUUUACCUCCUGCUAUCUUGGUUUGGAAUUCUGGCUCUGAUGCAAUCCAUUGUUAACCAAGCCACCAUUGGUCCCAUCGUCCUGUUCGUUGGUCUUGCAGUAAAUGAGGAGGCUCUCAAUUUCAUCCCUUCAAGACACUAUGCUGCCUAUGUGGUUGGUCUGUUCCCCUCCAUCUAUGACUGGGUUGUCAAUGUUGCGAAUAGGAGCCCUAUCCAAGAUGAAUUUGGAGGCAACAUCAAUGUGACAGGCUUGGACAGCUGGUUUGGAGUCUUGGCCUGGAAGAGAGGUGCUCUCUUGGUGUCCUUUGUGUGGGUGGCAAUGCUUGUUAAAGUGAUUGAUCGUCACUGGUCCAUGGCAGCUGUCUGGUCCUUGAUUGGAGCUGGCUUUGCUCUUUUCGGAAUCAUCCAUGUUCCUGAGGCUGGAUUUAAUACUUUCUCCGAGCCUACAUGGGAACAAUGCAGCACAGUUACAUCCUGUACAGGAGAAGAGGAGUUGGAAGUGUGCACGAGCUCUGUUGAGUGCUGGGACCACGGGGAACAAUGGAUGUUUACUGUUGGCUAUGCAAUGUUGGCUGCCACCUUUGCGAUUCUCUACUUUGCCCAAAAGUAUGGAAAUGAUCCCACCUUGAAGCCUCCCAUUGUUGAUGAAGAAACCAACCAGGCCUUUGCCGAUUGGUUUGCUGAUGCUGCAGUUGACACGACCAAUCAGCUGGAAAAGCAAGAAUCAGAACUUGCCAUGGGUGUUUUCCCUCAAGACUCAAAGAGUACAUGCUCCGAAGACACUCCAGAAAUGGAAGAGGUAGACAUUGAAGGGGAGUUGUCCGUUUAGAAAGGUCAUUGCUUGCUCCCUACAAGUGGGCCCAGUCUUCAAUCCACUGUCAAUUGAAUGGCUGUGGCUCCACUCUUCAUGUUUUGUGAAAUUUUGAAUAUUUUACUUUAUGAUAACAAUUUAGCGCAAUUUCUGCAAGG